UUCUCAUACUUCAGGUGUCAUUGGACAGCCACCUCAUCUUUCGAAACGUCAAUUUCCAUGGAGAAGAUUCGACUGGUAGUGUAAGCAAAGUUAAAAAAUCGAGGAUAAAAUGCGGUAUAUAUCAUCAAAAUUGCUGAUCCUGUGCAUCUGUGUACUCAGUGUGCAAGGGAUAAUGUUCAAUCUCCUGCCCAAUACACAGAAAUGCCUCCGGGAUGAGAUGCAGCCCAAGCAACUCAUUAUGGGAGACUACGAGGUAUUGGACUUGCCGGGUCAGAAAGUGGAUUAUAUAGUAAAGGACGCAAAGGGCCAUAUUUUGUCACAAAAAGAACAAAUUUCAAAGGGAAAGUUUACAUUCUCAUCGGAGCACCACGAAACCUUUGAGAUUUGCUUCAUAUCAAAAGUACCACCACAUCAACGUGGAGUAACUCAUGACGUGUUACUCUCCAUCAAGAAGGGAAUAGAGACUAAGAACUACGAAGGGUACGGUGAGGCGGCAAAGUUGAAGCCCCUGGAGAUCGAUAUGAAACGUCUUGAGGACCUGUCGGACUCAAUAGUCCAAGAUUUUGCCAUCAUGAGGAAGAGAGAAGAAGAGAUGAGAGAUACUAAUGAAUCUACCAAUAGUCGUGUAUUGUUUUUCAGUAUUUUUAGUAUGUGUUGUCUCCUGGGUCUGGCCACAUGGCAAGUCCUCUACUUGAGGAGGUACUUUAAAGCCAAGAAGCUGAUUGAGUAGAGAAAUUGAAGAUGUUACUCUUUGUUAUAAUUAAGUGUGUGCGUAUCCCUAAAUUUUUUUUUUCAAUAAAAAAAAAUUGAAUAAUGAUAAUUCCGAUAUCACAAAAAAAUUGGCGAUGCAGUGUGUAAAAUAGUUAAAUUACAACUUUGGGAAUUGAUAAAAUAAUGUAAUGACAUUUUUUGGAUAAAUAAACACUUAAUUGUGCA